AUGGAUUUGUUUAUUGAAAGCAAGAUAAACAGUUUAUUGCAAUUUUUAUUUGGUUCCCGACAGGAUUUUUUGAAAAAUUUUAAAAUUUGGAAUAACAACAAUAACAAUCUAUCGAUUUAUUUAUUAAUUUUUGGCGUAGUAGUAUUUUUUUAUAAAAAACCAGACCAUCUAAACUACAUUGUUGAGAGCAUAAGUGAAAUGACAACAAACUUUAGGAAUAAUAAUAGUCUUAGCCGUUGGUUGCCCAGAAGUAAGUUUACCCACUUGGACGAAGAAAUCUUGAAAAGGGGUGGUUUCAUUGCUGGUUUGGUCAAUGAUGGUAACACUUGCUUUAUGAACUCUGUUUUGCAAUCGUUGGCAUCGUCCAGAGAAUUAAUGGAAUUCUUGGACAAUAAUGUCAUCAAAACUUAUGAGGAGAUAGAAAAAAAUGAGGAAGAAAACGGACAAGAAUCUGCUCAGGAUGAAGGAAAUCAUAAGAAGAACUUCCGUAAGAGUGGCAAAGUUUAUGGUAAGCAUAAAAAGAAAUUGAAUAGGAAGUUAAGUUCCAAGGAAGAAGAAGAAAACCAAGAGCCAGAUAUCACAUUUAGUGCCGCUUUAAGGGAUUUACUUGCUGCUUUAAAUGCUAAGUACUAUCGGGAUAAACCUUAUUUCAAAACCAAUAGUUUAUUGAAAGCAAUGUCCAAGUCUCCAAGAAAAAAUAUACUUCUCGGUUACGAUCAAGAAGAUGCACAAGAAUUCUUCCAGAAUAUCUUAGCCGAAUUGGAGAGUAAUGUCAAAUCAUUAAAUACUGAAAAGCUAGAUACUACUCCAAUUGCGAAAACGGACUUACCUGAUGAUGCUUUAGUGGGUCAACAUAACCUUGAUAAAGUUGGUACAGUUUAUAUUCCAACGGAACAAAUUGAUCCUAACUCUAUACUACACGAUAAGUCGAUCCAAAAUUUCACACCUUUUAAAUUAAUGACUCCUUUAGAUGGUAUUACGGCAGAAAGGAUUGGUUGCUUACAGUGUGGUGAGAACGGCGGCAUAAGGUAUUCCGUAUUUUCGGGAUUGAGCUUAAAUUUACCGAACGAAAAUAUUGGUUCCACUUUAAAGUUAUCUCAGUUAUUAAGCGACUGGAGUAAACCUGAAAUUAUCGAAGGCGUGGAAUGUAACCGUUGUGCCCUCACCGCAGCUCACUCUCAUUUAUUGGGUCAGUUGGAACAAUUUGAAAGAAAGCCUGAGGGUUCCAUUCCAGAAAAAUUGAUCAACGCCGUUAAAGAUAGGGUACAGCAAAUCGAAGAAGUUCUUGCUAAGCCAGUUAUUGACGAUGAAGAUUAUAAGAAGUUGCAUACAGCAAACAUGGUACGCAAAUGCUCUAAAUCUAAGCAGAUCUUAAUAUCAAGACCCCCACCAUUAUUAUCUAUUCAUAUCAACAGAUCUGUAUUUGAUCCAAGGACUUACAUGAUAAGAAAAAAUAAUUCGAAAGUACUGUUUAAGUCAAGGUUGAAUCUCGCCCCAUGGUGUUGCGAUAUUGACGAAAUAAAUUUGGACGCUCGUUUGCCAAUGUCAAAGAAGGAAAAAGCUCUACAACAAGAGUCAAGCGAAGAUGAAAACAUCGGCGGUGAGUACUACACUAAAUUACAUGAACGCUUUGAACAGGAAUUUGAAGACAGCGAGGAAGAAAGAGAAUAUGAAGAUGGAGAGGGGAACUAUGCGUCUCAUUACAGCCAUAAUAAAAACACUAGUAAUUAUGAUCCGCUAAACGGUGAAGCUGAUGGCUUGACAUCUGAUGAUGAGGAUGAGUAUGUUGAAGAGACCGAUGCCUUAGGGAACACCAUUAGAAAGAGGAUCAUAGGGCAUGCUGAUGAUGAUGACGAAAAUGUUAAAGACCAUGAAGAAUUUCACGAAGUCGACAACGCAAGCCUUGGCGAACCAAAGGUUAGUGUUGAAGAUCAACUAGAAACAUCAUCUGAUGACGAAGACGUUAUACCAGCUCCACCUAUCAAUUAUGCUAGGUCAUUUUCUACAGUUCCAGCCACUCCAUUGACAUAUUCUCUACGCUCAGUUAUUGUCCACUACGGUACCCAUAAUUACGGUCAUUACAUUGCAUUUAGAAAAUAUAGGGGUUGUUGGUGGAGAAUAUCUGAUGAGACCGUGUACGUUGUGGACGAAGCUGAAGUUCUUUCAACACCCGGUGUAUUUAUGUUAUUUUACGAAUACGACUAUGAUGAAGAGACUGGGGAGAUGAAGGAUGAUUUGGAAGCUAUUCCAACAAAUAAUGAAGAAGGAGAUGAAAAAGAAAAAGACCAAGAGCAGGAGGAAGGUCAGGAGCAAGAGGAGAACCAAGAGCAAGAAGAGGUUCAAGAGCAGAUGAAGUUCAAGAGGACUAGAGAUCAUAGAGAUAUUUCCGGUAAAGAUGUAAACUAA